AUGUGUAUAUGUGACUACAUCAUGGCAUGUUGAUGUCGUCUGGUGUUUAGGUUAGAAAAUGUCUGGGUACUACAACACCGCAUAUUUUAAUUUAGCAUUUUAAAUUAGAACUGCCACAAGAAUGUUUGCCACCAAAAAGCUCGCAAUGUCAGUUUGCCAUAGAACCGUGUUUGUCAGCUUCCGUUCUAUGUCAAUAAUUUCCGGUCCGAAAGAAAAGCAUUUUGCAUCUUGUGUGCAUUACAGUCAAGUUCGUGGAAAGAGAAAGAAUUCAUUCAAUUCCCUAUUUGAAUCAGAGCCGAGCAAAGGGAUUGUGGGAGUGACUUCUUCAGAGAGGAAGAACACUAAGAAGUUAACCCCCCGAGAUAUUACCACAAUUCUGACAGACUUUAUUAGAAAGCCUGAGAUUCGAAAUCUAGCUACAGAGAAAGGAUUAAAUGCUCAGCAACUAAGAACAGCAUUUGUUCGUUUCCGUUCAUUCUGCUUGAAUGGAGAAGAGCUUCCUGUAGAGUUAGAAAUUGUCCUUAAUGACAUUCUUGUGGGAGCUGGUCACCCUGAUGACUUGUUUGGCCAGUUUAUGGAUUUCGCAAUGAAAAUGUAUCCACACUUACUUUGUAGGGAGGAACUCUCUCGAAUUUGUGACUUGCGAGACCCAGCUGCCUGGUAUCCCCAAGCAAGAUCACUUGGAAGGAAAAUAAUUUUUCAUGCUGGUCCAACUAAUAGUGGCAAAACCUACCAUGCUCUUGAAAAAUUCAUGAAGGCUAAAUCUAGUGUAUAUUGCGGGCCUUUAAAAAUGCUUGCAAGUGAAGUGUUUCAAAAAAUGAGAGAUAAGGACAUUGAAUGUGAUUUGGCCACAGGGGAUGACAGAAUUUAUAGCAACCCCAGUGGUGAGCGUAGCUCCCGUCUCUCAUGUACAGUAGAAAUGGCUCCUCUACAAGAAAACUUUGAUGUAGCAGUUAUUGACGAGAUUCAGUUACUGCAGGAUAAUCAACGAGGAUGGGCUUGGUCCAGAGCUUUAUUGGGUAUUGCGGCCAAGGAAGUGCAUGUUUGUGGAGAGGCGGCUGCAAUCCCUCUAGUUAAAAAUCUGUUAGCGACUGCUGGUGAGACAGUAGAGGUUCAUGAAUACAAGAGACUUACCGGCUUAAAAGUUGAGGAUUCAGCUCUAAUAUCACUCCAAAAUGUAAUGCCUGGUGAUUGUCUCGUUUGUUUUAGCAAAAGAGAUCUUUAUACGGUCACAAAGAAUUUAGAAAAUUUAGGCCACAGAGUUGCUGUCAUUUAUGGAUCAUUACCCCCAGGGGCAAAACUCAUCCAAUGUCAGAAAUUUAAUGAUGAGAAUGAUGAGUGCAAUGUAAUGGUUGCUACAGAUGCAAUAGGAAUGGGACUAAAUUUAAACAUUCGAAGAAUUAUUUUUGUAUCUCUCAAAAAAGUGGAAAUAAAUUCUGAUGGUAAGAGAUCAUUGGAACCUUUAUCAGUCUCCCAGGCUCUCCAGAUUGCUGGCCGAGCCGGUAGAUAUGGAACACAAUAUGAAGAGGGGAAUGUAACAACAUUAAAUGCACGAGACUUGAGGACUCUCAAGUCAAUGCUCUCAUCUUUACCACAACCAGCAGAAAAGGCUGGUUUGUACCCUACGGCUGAACAAAUUGAAAUGUUUUCAUAUCAUCUUCCAGAUAGUUCUCUACAAUCAAUCCUUGAAAUAUUUACUGAUCUAUGCCAAAUGGAUGAUUCAUUAUACUUUAUGUGUAACAUUGAAUCAUUCAUGUACCUGGCUGAAAAAAUAGACUCAAUUCCACUUCCCCUCAGAGCACGGUAUGUGUUUUGUUGCUCACCAGUAAAUAUCAAAGACAAUAUUGUCGUAACAAUUUUGCUCAGGAUGGCUCGUCAUUUCAGUAAAAAUAAGAUAAUGGAUGCUAAUUGGCUCACAAAGCAGAUGCAGUGGCCUCCGCAAGUGCCUAACAACAUAGCAGAUAUGUCUCAGUUAGAAUCACUACAUGAUGUUUUUGAUUUGUAUCUAUGGUUGAGCCUUCGUUUUACUGAUCAAUUUCAAGAGACUGAUAACGUGAGACAAAUGAAAAAACUUCUAGAUAGUGUGAUAGUUGAAGGGUUGGCUCAUUUGUCCCGACUAAUGUCAAAUGAUGGAGACAAUGAAGAAAGCAUGGUGUCUAAAGUACCAAAAGUGUCAAAAGGUUCUUUUGCUGACAAUCUUAUUCAAUCUGGGACUAUUUCACCUGAAGUUCUUGAUAGAUUAAAAUCUGAGUGGAAGAAGGAACAAACAAAAUCUGAUAAAGAUACCAAGAUAGAAUAAGCCAAAUUUAAAAAUUAAUUGUAAUGAAGUCUAAUUUUGCCAAAUGACUGAUUUUAUUUACCACCUCGAACCAGCAUACCAGUUUGUGAUAUCUUGGAUAGGAAAAUUACAAAGACAUUUUCAGAGGGAUGUCUUGUUCACUGUUAGGAAAAUCAAUAUACUGUGAGUAGUUGAUUUUAUGUUUAAUACCAUAAUUAAAAUCAUUGUACAAAGAGAUAUUCUUAACUUCUAUACCAAAACUUUAAGCAAUUUGUAACACCUUCUACAAAGUCAAAGUCUCUUAAAAUUCGCAAAUUCAGUGUUUCAGUAUAUUGUCACAAAAACUAAAUAAUGACAAAGGCAAAUAGUGAAAGGCAACUUGUUACAGUGAAAUGUGAAUAAGGGCACAAAUGAUAAAUAUAACUCAUCCACAGAGGGCUUCAAUAAAUAACUCACAUGUGUCACCAUCAGACAUAAUUAAUAACUACGCUCUCCUUCAAUAGACAAAAAAAAAAACAACAAA